AAGCGAGGGAGCGGGAGGCAGACGGAGGCCGGAGAUGGCGGCGCCGCAGCGGCGGGAGGAGGCGGUGCAGAUCCCCGAUGACCAGGCUUUCGCUUCGUUCCGGCGGCGCUGUGAGGUGGAGCAGGGAUGGCAGCAGCGGUACAGCAAGGCCGGCCUCGCGGUGUGGGUGCAGGCCGCCGCCGAGGGGAGGGACGUGCAUCAGAUCAAGUGUAGAAUUGAUAUCAAGGAUGUGUCGGCUGAAACCAUGUACGACGUACUGCAUGACAUCGAGUACCGGCGCAAGUGGGACACCAACAUGAUGCAGACCUUCGACAUCGCUCGGCUCACUGUCAAUGCUGACGUCGGCUACUACUCCUGGAGAUGUUUGAAACCUUUGCAGAAUCGGGAUGUUGUUACACUACGCUCAUGGCUGGUCCUGGAUACGGAUUAUAUGAUCAUCAAUCACUCUGUCAAACACCCAAAUUACCCUCCUCAGAAGGGGCUGGUGCGAGCGGUGUCUAUCCUCACCGGGUACCUCAUACACUCUACCGGCAUCAAUAGCUGCACCUUAACCUACUUGGCACAGGCCGACCCCAAAGGAUCGCUGCCAAAAUGGGUUGUCAACAAAGCUUCGCACUACCUGGCUCCCAAAGUGCUGAAGAAGCUGUGCAAGGCGUGCAUGAAGUACCCCGAGUGGAAGCAGAAGAAUAAGCCGAGCUACAAGCCGUGGCUGAACCCGGAGCAGAGCCAGCUCCCAACCAUGAGUCUGUCGGAGCUGUCCAUCCAGCAUGCAGACUCUUUGGAGAACAUCGACGAGAGCGGCCUGAGCGAGGUGAAGGAUGGCAGUGAUGAGGAAGAGACCAGCAGUAAGACAGGGAAAGCCUAAACCUGCUGCUGGGGCCAGGAGCUGCUGCAGCCUGAGUGGCCGUGUGGGAUCUGAUUGGGGGGAAUGUGAUAUGUGGGAACGCUGCUCUGAAUGAAGCCAGAUUGUGUAGAUGUAGGUGUGGCGGCAUCCACAGUACCAGGCCAUGGGGUCGUGCCGUGUGGUGUUAAUAGGGUAAAUCACUGUUCACCCACUGCAGCCCAACUGGGGGGGUGGGGGGAAGGUGUCAGCUGUGAGGAGUUACACAUUCAGCUGAUGCAGCCAUGACGUGAAAAGGCCAGCACAGCACAUAGCUAGUCCGGUCUCGAUGCUGAGGGUCAGAGUACAGAGCGAGAAACUCUUGCAGUGACAUCUACAGCAAGGCCGCACGGUGAUUGUUUAAAUCAGUUACACAGAUAUCAUAUCAGGCAUUGGGGUUCAUGAUUUAAUUUACGAACUGCCACGGUUCCCAAGUCACCUUGUAGCAAGAGGUCGUACAUCAUUCUCUUCUAGCAAUUUCUCUCUCUCUCUGUGUGGACAGCAACCUGCUGCCUCUCUCUAUCUGUCUCUCUGUACGCAGAGACCUGUUGCCCCUAUCUCUCUAUAUAGUAACCUGUUGCUUCUCUGUACGGCCCCCAAUGUUGUGGAGAUUGUAGUCACAUGAACUGCUUGGUUUGCAAUCUGUUAAAGCCAGACAUUCUAUGUGAAUGUAGAAUCCACCUGUCCAGGAACGAAGCCCAGCAAUGUAUACCUGCAGGUUCUAAACACUUAUGUGUUGGUGGUGGGGGGAUGGGGUGAGAUUCCCACAUGCCCCAAACCUCUGACUUUUCCAGGUGAAUAACCUCAGUUGCCGACAAUAAUGCUCUUGAGAACAGUGAGGUGCCAACUGGGCAAUGUGUCCAAACAGGAGAUGUGUGCACAUCCUUCCUCCCAAGUGCCAUAGUAACCGUCGCUGUGCCUUUCUGUGGGAGAAUUGCUGCUGCCAUUUCCAGGCCAGCGGGAGCAGGGCAGGUGCUGUGCAAAGCCUCUGAGCGUGGCCAUUGCUGCAAGACCUGAAACUGCAGUGUUCAGAGAUAUACUGCUGGCUGUUUUACGUUUGUUUCUGUUUGUUUCUCUUCCCCUUCCCACAACAGUCCUGGGCCAGUGUUAUAUCAGAUCACUGUGUUCUGGGCCAGUAUCUGUUAUAUCAGAUCACUGUUUGCUGGGCCAGUGUCCUGUAAAAAACACAUGAUGUAACUAUGUGAUCUGAUGUUUCGGGAGUUUGUUGGUUCAGGUAUGUUGAUCAGCAGGCUGUUAGAAGAGUGAGUGCCUUGUGUAAUCCAGACCCUGAACCUGGCACAAUUGCUGCAAUUUGCCAAAACGCAGCUGUGGAUGAAUAUGGGUUGUGUGUGUAAUUGUACCAACCAUGUUUGCUAGCACUGUACUGUCCUGUUGUGCUCUGUGGGAACAUGCCAUUCCUCCACAUGUGGACCCUGGGAGAUGUCCAGUCAGUUAAUAGUUCAGUCAUAGUUAACGUGCUAUCUGUGUGUUUGUGUGUCUUUUGGCACUCAGCAGCCAUGGUACGUACUACUGUUGGCAACCAAAUUGUUUGCUUUGGCGGCAGAUCCUAACUGACUGUGGAUUUCUUACUUUCCCUCUUUCCUUUCCUCCACCACCACACAUAACAAAUUCCCAAUUCAACCCCAACAAAGAGCUCAUUUGCUCUAAAACAUGUUGAUAGUGCGACCACCUGCUGCUGCUCCAAUUAACACCCAGGGUCUCGAGGCUGAACUCCAGCCCCUGGCUACCACACAGUAACACAAGGUGGUGUUUUUACUGUCAUUCUCAAUUCUUCCCCUUUGCAUUGAGGUGAACUGAAGAAUUUAAAGAAAUACAUUUGGCAAUAAGUGUGAAGUUCCUCCCCACCCCCCCACACACACUACACUACUCCUGGUUUAAGCCUGCUGCUCUGAUCUGAUUGUCCGACUAACAUAUGGGCUUCUCUUGCAGCGGAUGUGCUCUGCAGCCUGCACACAUCCCUUUACAAUAAGGACACUAACUUCCCAGCUGUUAAAUUAUUAAUUCUUGGUUCUGUGUGAUUUUGGACGCCUGGGUCCUCUCAGUCUUUCCCUUUGGAAAUCCAUCAUUGCACCCACUGUCACACAGGAAAGCAGAAGUGCCACUAACUGCACUAAGUAUGAAACGGUCAUUCAGUAGUGCCGACGUUUGGUUGGAGAGAUUGCCUGUGCUGCUUUUUCAGUUGUCCCCAAGUUGGAAGCUCUAGCUUUGGUCUGCCUCAUGUGUAACAAGUGCACGUUGUAAUGAAGUGUUCACCCUGCUUAGCCUCACACACUACUCCACUAACCUCCACUGUCCCUCCUAAUGGAACCAGCCCACAUGCUUAAAUUGAUCUACGAUGUUAAUUCUUACAAGGGUGAUUUAUCAAAAUAAUUGGAACUCUGCUUCUGGCUAGAAUGCUGUUACUCCUAUGAUGUGUUGUGCUCUGAUCUUGCACUCCAGUGCAACAUCAGGCUGUUGACUAGCACGGUGAUGUGGACACAGUGGGAGUUGAGAAUUUAGCAAUUGGUAUUGUAUCUGGCAUGUUUGGUGGGGGAGGGGGGAGGCGCUCAGCUUCCAAGCUCCUUUCAACCUCCCAAAGAUUUGCGGCUUUUCCAAAACCCUAGGUUUUUUGGACCAAUUUGUGUCUCAGAAUGCUAUAGAAUUGCCAAUCAACAUUAGUUCUGAGGUUUACAUUGAGUGCCUGAUUGUCUUUAAUCCUAAAUGGCAGAGUAUAUUUUAAAGCGAGGAAUCUGAUUUAGUUUCUGUAUUUAUAUCGUACAAAUUUAUUGGUGUACAGUUUACAAAUGAGUGAAAUUCGGAUUUAAAUUUUCUCUUUACUAAACUGCUGUGAUUUGUAAGAACAUGCUAAUUUUUAAUAAAUAAAAUAUAUUCCACUGGA